GGAGGAAAAGUCUUACUGAAAAGGCUUUUGGGAAGAGACUCGAGCUCAAGAACGGUAUUCUGUUUAGGUACAAUGAAUGAUUCGAAGACGUUGAAGGCGCCAUCAUAGUGGUAACGACACUGAACUGUGACCCUGAGUGUAAUCAAAACCACUUGCUACAUGAUUCAGUUUCUACUAUUUCCUCAUUAUGAGCCCAAGACAUCAUAUUUCAAUGUCGACAACAUGUAACCCCGAAAGUACCACAUUGCGUUCUGAAGGAGAUCUGCCAGUUACAAGGAUGUGCCCUGGUAAUUGCUGUUUCUCUCAACGCUGCCUUUGCACGACAAGCUUAGUAACAAGUGUUGAUGAACGCUUGGCGUCUGUACCCACAAGGCAUGAUCGACAAGAGAAGAAACAAAAGUGGUGCGUUGGAAUUAGGCAAACAGACGGGGACGUAGUCGAAUGCGAUGGAGGAGACAAGUAUGAUAAGCUCGGUUCGCGACUCCAGUCGUACCGUCAUUGGCCAAGUUGGGCGGGUGUAGAUCCGUCCGACUUAGCUCGUGAUGGGUUCUACUACACGGGGAUACGAGACGACGUCAGGUGUGUCGGGUGUGACAGGAUGCUGAGAUUGUGGAAGCCUGGAGAAGACGUCAGAGAGCGUCACAAGCGUAAUUCUCCUUCUUGCCCCUUUGUACGCCUGAACGACAGACAUCGAGCGAGAAUGUCCGAGUCUGCUUCUCAGCAAUUCAAUUGUACCACAUUAAGUCAGAGUACAACAGCGGAAGUGGUCAAUGAGAUGCGCUGGGAAGAAAAAAGGUUGAAAACGUUUGGACGUUUUCCCCUCUCUUGUUCAGUGCAGCCGUCUCAAUUUGCACGUAGUGGUUUCUACUUUACCGGAAAGGGAGAUUCAGUGCAAUGUUUCAGUUGUCGAAUUGUUUUGGGAAGAUGGGAGAUCGGAGAUGAGGCUGAUGGAGAACACAGGAGACACAGUCCGUUCUGUCCUUUUCUGAAUGGCACAGACACUACAAAUGUACCAUUGAAAGCACGUGUUACACGAAAUACGCCAAAUUGUCGUUCAUCAAUACCGAAUCUUCACAACGAACAGAAUCGUUUGGCAACAUUUAAGAACUGGCCAACAACCUGUCUUGUAUCGCCUAAUGAUCUUGCACGAGCUGGACUAUUUUCAGUAGGAAAACGUGAUGUUGUCUGUUGCUUUCAUUGUCAAGUAAGAAUCGGAGAAUGGCUACCAGGUGAUAUACCAAUUGAAGAGCAUGUAAAAUAUUCACCAGACUGCCAAUUUGCAAAAGCAAUUUUUCAGAGAAUGCAGCAACAACAUCUUGGAGCUCUGAAUGCAGAAGCAACAGCCGAGAAGAUGAAGAGUUAUGAGGAGAGACUGCAGUCAUUCAGAAACUGGUCUGAAACAGCAUACAUCUCUGCUGAAAGUCUUGCAGAAGCAGGAUUCUACCAUUGUGGUCAUGGAGAUAGAGUCAGAUGUUUCUCUUGUGGUGGUGCUCUAAAGGAGUGGCAGGAAAAGGACACUGCAUGGGGUGAACAUGCAAAGCAUUUUCCUUCAUGUGAUUUUGUGCAACAGCAUUUUCGUAUGAAUUCUCGCGAUGAGCCGUACAGACAACCUUCUCCACAUGCUAUGCCUUUCAACAGUCUGCAUAAAUCGGCUUCAGCUAAAGAAUUAGAUUUCAUACGACAUGCUACUAGAAUGGGCUACCCAAGAGACUUGGCAAUUAAUAUAAUAAAACAACAAGAUGUUCGUAAUUUGAGUUUUGGUGUGUACCUGGAUGCACUAAUUGCUGCACAACAAACAACCGACUCUGCUACCUUGCUGGGUAAAAAUCAAGUGAGCACUUCAUUUCAGUCACCAGACACAGAUGAUCUCCCUGGCUUGAAAACUGUGUGUGAGUCCCGACUCUGCAAAAUUUGUAUGGAAGAGGAACUGACAAUCUUAUUUCUACCUUGUGCCCACAUUCUAAGCUGUGAAAAAUGUGCAAGCAAGACCAAAGAAUGUCCCGUAUGCAGAACCUUAAUUGAAAGAAAAAUUCAUUCAUACUUUGCUUAGGUAAUUUAUUUUGUACAGAAAUUCUUUGAAGUGACACUAAAUUGUAAGUAGUUUGAUGAUUUGAAUUCUUGAAUACGUUCUAAGAGGUACAUUUCUAUUGUAUUGGAAGAAAGACAAAGAUAUUGAUUAUUUUACAUAAAGUAUAAGUUAUUCAAUUUUAAAAUUGGUAUAGAAAGCUAACAGAAAUUUAUGAACAUGCAAACGUGUCUGUCACUUUAAUACAUGCAGAGUACAUUUACUGGGGCAUUAAAUUAUGCUUCUAAAACAAGACAAAUUGCUUUUCUU